GCCAACUUCACGAUGAUGGCCGACAAGGGCGCGUGCCCAGAUGGAGUGAUGGGCUGCUGCAACGGCUGCUCCAAGUCGAACGCCUGCACGUUGGCCAAAGCUCAGGGCAAAACGUGCCUGAUCGUGACCAUGAUGUACAGCUUCUUUAACCCGGGGUAUCUCGAAGCUGCGAUUGCCAACAACAACAUUCCAGCGUACUUUUGCUUUUCGGGGUACGACAGCAUGGAGGCGGUGACGGACGUGAUGAACAAGAACGGCACUGUCACAUUUUACCAUUGCGAGCCCGAUUUGUUUCACUUGAAGCACGAAGGAAAACUCCAGCGCAUCGCCCUGUCCAACGUUGUCGCGACCGCCACCAGCGGCUUUGGAGAGCGUGGGUAUGGCAACCAAACGGAGAACCCCGUCAACGUGGAUUUUACGCCCGAAAAACUUGAAAAAGUACUUUUCCAACCUGCUGCGCCAAGAUCCGUUGCUCGUCGACUUCUUGACCAAGUUUCAGCUCGAUCAAGUCGACAUCAACUCGCUGCUGAAAGCACUGGUCACGAUUGGGACGGGUCCGAGCCCAACCCGUCGUUCACCACCGCUUGCAAUUGGGUUAAAACCAACUAUAUGACGUGGAAAGCGUGGCUGGAUCCGUUGCCCCUGUGCUCGUUCCAAGGGCACAUGGAGCACACCGUCGGCGGCUGCGACAACUCGACCCCGUACAGCAACGUUUCGUUCGUGUGGGCCACCCCCGACCCGGCGAACGCCAUUUUGCCCUGCCAAUUGCGAGGGCGGGAUGGCGAGUCUGCCGCUACCAAUGCUCACGAGUCGGUCCUGCGACUGGCUCGGCGCCAACGUCCCCCUGUGGUUGCGUUGGCUCGAUACGAAACCGCCCUGUGA